UCGAUCAAUUGAGACGAAAAAUGUUUACAAAAUGCAUUAAUUGUUGUGCUUCAAUCAUAUUUUGUGUAAUAUUCGCAUGCCUUUUGGUCGAAAACAGUGUUGCCCUGAAACGGACACUGCGCCACUACGAAGUUUUCCACAAAGAUGACAUUGUUCAUCGGAUUGUCAAGAGGGGUGUUAAACAGAGCAGCAAUCCAUAUAACACUAUUAAAGAGCUGGAGUUUAAAACACUUGGGAAAAACUUUCGCGUGAUUUUACAUCCACAUCGCGAUGUGCUGCACAGUAAAUUUCGUGCCUAUGCCGUGGAUGCCGAUGGCAAUGAGACUGUUGUGCACUUGGAUCAUGACAACUUUUAUACGGGUCGCGUAUUUGGCGAAUUGGAAUCGUCAGUACGCGCACAUAUUGAAGAUGGCACAUUGACCAUGUCCAUAGAACUGCCCCAAGAAACCUACCACAUAGAGCCUUCCUGGCGACACUUGCCCACAGCCAAAAAGCAUACAAUGGUCGCCUACAAAUCUUCCGAUGUUAAAUUCAAUCAUGCUGAACCGGGUGAUCAGGUGCCCAAAACCUGUGGCUAUAUCAAAGAGGGCCUCGAGCUCGAGGCCAAGGAUAACGAAUUGAACGCGCGUGAGAAACGUCAAUCCGAUCAAUACGAAUACACGCCUACUAAGACGAGGUGUCCCCUGUUGCUAGUGGCGGACUAUCGUUUUUUUCAAGAGAUGGGUGGUGGCAAUACAAAGACAACUAUUAAUUACCUAAUAAGCCUUAUCGAUCGUGUGCACAAAAUAUAUAACGAUACUGUAUGGCAGGAUCGUUCCGAUCAGGAAGGUUUCAAAGGUAUGGGGUUUGUGAUCAAGAAAAUCGUCGUACAUUCGGAGCCAACGCGUUUGCGUGGCGGAGAAGCUCACUACAAUAUGAUACGCGAGAAAUGGGACGUACGCAAUUUGCUGGAGGUCUUCUCACGGGAAUACAGCCAUAAAGACUUUUGUUUAGCUCAUCUCUUUACCGAUCUCAAAUUCGAAGGCGGCAUUUUAGGCUUGGCUUACGUCGGUUCACCACGCCGCAAUUCUGUGGGUGGCAUCUGUACACCAGAAUACUUCAAGAAUGGUUAUACACUCUAUCUGAACUCGGGUCUCAGUAGCUCACGUAACCAUUAUGGCCAGCGAGUAAUAACGCGCGAGGCUGAUCUGGUAACUGCUCAUGAAUUUGGACACAACUGGGGCUCGGAGCAUGAUCCCGAUAUACCCGAGUGUUCGCCCAGUGCCUCACAGGGGGGCAGUUUUUUAAUGUACACUUACUCCGUCAGCGGUUACGAUGUGAAUAACAAGAAAUUUUCACCCUGUUCGCUCCGUUCCAUACGCAAAGUUCUGCAGGCGAAGUCUGGACGCUGUUUCUCCGAGCCGGAGGAAUCAUUUUGUGGCAAUUUACGCGUCGAGGGCGAUGAGCAAUGCGAUGCCGGAUUGCUGGGCACCGAGGAUAACGACUCGUGCUGCGACAAGAACUGCAAGCUGCGUCGUAAUCAAGGCGCCAUGUGCAGCGACAAGAAUUCGCCGUGCUGUCAGAAUUGCCAAUUCAUGCCAGCGGCCAUGAAAUGUCGUGAAGCUCAAUAUGCCACCUGUGAGCAGGAGGCACGCUGCACCGGCUCCCAUGCCGAAUGCCCCAAAUCUCCAGCCAUGGCAGACGGCACAAUUUGCCAAGAGCGCGGCCAAUGUCGCAACGGCAAAUGUGUGCCGUACUGUGAGACGCAGGGCUUACAGAGCUGCAUGUGCGAUAUCAUUGUGGAUGCAUGCAAACGGUGCUGUCGCAUGAGCAUAAAUGAAACAUGCUUUCCAGUUGAGCCACCCGAUGUAUUGCCCGACGGCACGCCCUGCAUAACUGGCUUUUGCAAUAAGGGUGUCUGCGAGAAGACCAUUCAAGACGUGGUUGAACGCUUUUGGGAUAUUAUUGAGGAGAUAAACGUUGCUAAAACGUUACGCUUUCUCAAAGACAACAUAGUCAUGGCUGUUGUUAUGGUUACAGCUGUCUUCUGGAUACCCGUCAGUUGCGCCAUUUCAUAUUUUGAUCGUAAGAAGCUGCGUCACGAAAUGAAACAAAUCGAAUGGAGCCACAAAUUAGAUCUCAUACAUCCCAGCGACGAUAGACGUCGCAUUAUACAUAUACGCGUACCACGACAAAAAAUCUCAGUGGCACGUGCUUGUAAUUAACAUAAAAUAUGGUGGCGGACAAUUGUUUUAUCUUCCGUGAGCAUUCUUCUCAAAACUGCCACAAUUAUUUAUAUAUAUUAAGUAUAACAUUUAAAGAAUAUGAAUAAAAUUCCCAAUAAUAUAGACCAAUACAAAAAGAUAAAAACCU